AUAUAAUUUGUUUACAUGUGUUAAUUUGUUAGACCAUAAGGAUGAGAUUUUUAGGAUUUUUUUCUAGUUUCGGCCCAAGCCCAUGAAUUCUCAAGACCGGCCCUGAUUUUUUUACUCAACGAUCCACAUUAAUUCAUAAGACUACACGUGCACCGAUGAUCAGUGUUGGAUCCACCUUAGCUCAAGGUAAUUGGGGGCAUUUGCCUUUAAGGUAUACUCCAUCCCAAAAUGUUUUACACUUUACUCAAAACGAAGCAACAUAUUAAAUUUUUUAAAUUAAUUUUAUUUAAAGGUUGAUAUAAAAGUUAAAAAUAAAACUUUCACAUUUUUAAAAGUUACGUCAAAAGUGCUUUAAAACAAGAGAUAACAAAAAUGAUUUAUCUCAUUAUAUAGUAAAUAAAAAUGCAUAAAUAAAUAAAUAUUUCGUGAAUUUUGAAUAGCGAAGAGUGUAAUCCUUUUAGGGAUGGGGAGAGUAAUUUUUUUAUUAAAAACAUUUUAUACUUAGGACCCCAAUUAAAAAUAUUAUGAACCCCAAUUGAAAGUCUUAAUUAAUAAAAAAGUUGAGGACAAUAAAACAUUUAAAUGAAAAUAAAAAAAAUAUUAAAGUGAAAUAUUUAAAAACGAAAAAAUAAUAUUUAAAGAGAAACAUUAAACUUAUACCAUAAUUAAACUAUAUAAUAACUUACUGUUGAGUAAUGGUUUGAGAUUAAAAUCUUAAAUCUUUUGUCCUCUCUCAUUAUAUGUAUCAGAAAAAUUCGGAGGCGUUGUUCCCAAACUCAUGUAUUAUCCUCAAUGAUGUUGCCCUCAACAACUUUAUUUCUUAGAUCUUCCACUAUCGAUGGUGUUAAUUUAUAGCUCAUCAAAUAUUUAAGAUUGAAGUAGAAUUCUUUCAAAAAAGAUUGAAGUAGAAUUUGUUUAAUACUUUAAACGGUGAAAUUUAGCAAUGAAAAUUCAUAUCCCAUAAGUUUUACAUUGAAGUAUCGCUUCUCGUCCCUUCGGGGACAUCCGAUAAAAUUGGAACGAUACAUAGAAGAUUAACAUGGCCCCUGCGCAAGGAUGACACGCACAAAUCGAGAAAUGGAAGUAUCGCUUCUCAUCUCUACAACAUCUUGUUUGGCUAUGUGGGGACGUCCUGUAAGCUUAGGUGUCAAAAUUAUCCCACAGCGGAAUUGGAAUUGAAGUUUCCAAUUCCAAUUCCAUGACUUGAAUUCCGUGUACCAAACAGAGCCUGAGUUUUUUCUUUCCUCGUCAAAAUUGAAGGAAUUUUGUUUUCUCUCUUCUUAGUUCGUUUUGUCCUCAUAUUUUCUUUUCCUACUUCUCUUUUAUUUUCUCCUCUAACCAAACAAAAAAUUUGUUUUCCUUAUCAUUUUCUUUUCUUUUCUUUCUUUCAAAUUCGUUGAACCAAACAUAGUGCUAGUGUCAUAGUGGGUAUAUGGUGUGUGCGUGUGUGCAUGUUGCGUAGUGCUCUCAUUUCAUGAAUCUAUUAUCUUCACUUGACUGUUUAUGCACAUAACUUCUAUGUUGCAAUGCCCUUGUUUUGGCCCAUUUAAAGCACUCCAGUUCUCAUUUAGGGUGUUGCUGCCAAAAUGUCUAAUAUUCUCUUCGAUGAGACUUUCAAGAUCGUUGGAAUUAAUGUUGAUGGGAUAACAUACGACAAAGUUUCUAGGAUUAAUGCAAAGGGUCAAGAUGGUAUCACAGAUAUGGUGCUGGAAAUAAACUCAGAGAUAUAUCCGGUAUCCACAAAAACGCCAUACAGGAUGGUGCUAUCACGCUCACUUGAUUUAGGUGGUUCAGAUGACCAUCCUGAGGGCAAGACUAUAUCGCUUGCAGACAAGUUUGAGUAUAUCAUGCAUGGCCUGCUUUAUAAGGUUGCAGAGGAGUCAUCUAAAGUGGCGGUGUAUAUUUCUUUUGGGGGACUUCAACUGAAGCUGUGCAGUGCACCCCUGAACAUGUCCAAAUUCAAGCUUGAUCAACGCAUCUUUCUUCUUAUGAGGAAAAUCUGACUUUUUUGUUGUUUGGGUUAGAAGGCUAUCUUUUGCAAGACAUCUUCUUUUUAUGUUGUUUGAGACUGCUUUUGCACCAACAAAGUGAUCUGGCAUUUCAUUGAAUCUAUCUUUUGCAAUUUGUGAUGAUAAUACUCCAUUGUAGUCAAUAGAAGUGAGCAAAAAGG